AUGCCCGACCAACCACGACAACUUCACCUCACAGCCUUUAUGCGCCCAAUCUCCCUCCAUACCGGAGCAUGGCGCUACCCAGGCUCCUACCCAGAUGCGAACUUCAACUUCGCUCAUAUAACCCAAUUCGCACAGAAACUCGAAGCCGCGAAAUUCGACGCCUUCUUCAUGGCUGACCAUCUAGCCGUCCUGAACAUGCCCAUUGAAGCCCUCAAACGUAGCCACACAAUCUUCUCAUUCGAGCCAUUCACACUUCUCUCGGCCCUCUCCGCCGUGACGUCAAAAAUCGGCCUCGCCGCAACAGCAAGUACAACAUACGACCUCCCAUACCACGUCGCACGCCGCUUCGCAAGUCUAGACCAUCUAAGCAACGGUCGCGCAGCCUGGAAUAUAGUGACAACGGGAAACCCGGAAUCGAGUCACAAUUUCGGCAUCGACGAGCAUAUGGCUCAUAGCGAUCGAUACAAACGCGCGCGGGAAUUCUACGACGUUGUCACUGGGUUAUGGGAUAGUUUUGCCGAUGAUGCAUUUACACGGGACGUCCGAAGUGGUGAAUACAUUGAUCCGAAGAAGAUGCACCGCUUGUGUCAUGAUGGUGAUGAGUUCAAGGUUCGGGGACCAUUGAACAUCGCUCGACCGCCUCAGGGAUGGCCCGUGAUUGUGCAGGCGGGACAGAGCGAGGCGGGACGACAACUCGCUGCUGAAACUGCCGAGGUUGUUUUUUGCAUUCCGAAGGAUAUUGAAGGUGCGAAAGUGCUCUAUGCUGAUAUAAAAGGGAGGGUUGUGAAGGCGGGACGGAAGAGGGAGGAUUUGAAGAUUUUGCCCGCGGCUAUGAUCAUUGUUGGGGAGAUUCAAUUGCGUCGUUGUCUAUUGCGCUGGGGGGUUGAUGUUGAUGCUUUGGAUCCGGAUGGGCCGCUGCCUGAGGAUCUGCCUGAAACGAAUGCGAGCAAGACGAGUAGAGAGGCUAUUGAACAGUUGGCUACUCGGGAGGGACUCACUAUUCGACAGCUUGCGCAGCGUUAUGGAGGCUACUCUGGAUUGGCUUUUCUGGGCUCCCCUAGUGAUAUCGCAGAUGAGAUGGAGACUUGGCUGCGGGAAGAGGCUUCCGACGGCUUUACAUGCGUGUUUCCGUUCUUGCCUCGGGGCUUGGAGGAAGUCACGGAUAGAUUGAUUCCGGAGCUACAGAGACGAGGGUUAUUUCGUCAGGACUACACCGGGUCGACACUACGGGAGCAUUUUGGUCUGGAAAGACCAGAGAAUCGCUUCUUUAGUAGAAGUUGA